CGAAGAACACGUUUUUGAAUGGAGCAUUAUUGCAUAUAAGGAAAGAGGAAACCAGAGAGAAAGAGAGGGAAGGACGGAGAGGGGCCGCCGUGCUUGUUCACUUUUUUUCUGCCUCUCGCGUCCCUUCAGAGCCUCGAAGCUUUCUUGUUUUUUUUGCACAGCUUCUCUGGAUCUCUGAAGGAAUCCACCCGUUUUUUCUUCAUUUUUAGUCCUCCUGCUGCCUUUCCCUCUCUUCACGAGGCUUCUCUCUCACGAAGAUAGAUUGAUAGAGUUGCUGAAUAUUAAUCUCUCAAUUAACAGAGAAAAUUCUUUGAUUUGUCGACUCGAAAAAACAUUUGAUCGGAGAGCAAAUUUGGAACAAUACAUUAUGGCAAACACACUACAUUUUUCUGCUACUCUUCAAGCUGCUGCCUCCCCUGUUUUCUCCAAGAGGAUGAAUAAAAUGCAUUCCCAAUCUUUACGCGUCCAGAUGGUUAAUUAUAAUUCCGAGGCUACAAAUUUGGCACUGUCUAGAAGUAAUAGGGUUUUGAAAGUGAGUUGUGAGGCAGCCAGUGUUGAUGUACUUGAAAUGAACAAAACCGAUAAUCAAGCCAAGACGCAGCUAACAUGUGUGAUGAAGUUCGGUGGUUCUUCGCUGGCCUCUGCUGAAAGGAUGAGAGAGGUGGCUGAACUUAUUCUUAGCUUUCGAAACGAGAGGCCUGUCAUUGUUCUCUCUGCCAUGGGAAAGACAACUAACAAACUUUUGCUGGCUGGAGAAAAGGCUGUUAGUUGUGGUGUUACCAAUGUAGACAGUAUUGAAGAGCUCAGUAUCAUUAAGGAAUUGCAUCUCCGGACUGCGAAGGAAUUGGGAGUAGACGAGUCGGUUAUUGCUAAACACCUGGAGGAAUUAGAGCAGCUUUUGAAGGGAAUUGCUAUGAUGAAAGAGCUGACUCCACGCACAAAAGACUACCUGGUUUCAUUUGGGGAGUGCAUGUCCACGAGGAUUUUUGCAGCAUAUAUGAAUAAAAUCGGUGCAAAAGCUCGCCAAUAUGAUGCUUUCAAAAUUGGUUUUAUCACCACAGAUGACUUCACGAAUGCAGACAUUCUAGAAGCAACUUAUCCAGCUGUGGCACAGAGUUUGCAUGGAGAUUGGACUAGAGAUCCUGCAAUUCCCAUUAUUACCGGCUUCCUUGGAAAGGGCUGGCGAUCUUGUGCUAUUACUACGUUAGGCCGUGGUGGCAGUGAUUUGACGGCCACAACAAUUGGAAAAGCAUUAGGUUUGCGAGAGAUUCAGGUGUGGAAGGAUGUUGAUGGUGUUUUGACAUGUGAUCCUCAUAUAUAUCCACAUGCUGAACCUGUGCCAUACUUGACAUUUGAUGAGGCAGCGGAACUAGCAUAUUUUGGUGCUCAGGUCUUGCAUCCACAAUCCAUGAGACCUGCUAGGGAGGGUGAUAUUCCAGUUAGGGUUAAAAAUUCUUACAAUUCGAAUGCUCCUGGGACUCUCAUCACCAGGACACGAGAUAUGAGUAAGGCAGUACUAACUAGCAUUGUUUUGAAACGGAAUGUUACUAUGUUGGAUAUUGUUAGCACCCGCAUGCUUGGCCAAUUUGGUUUUCUUGCUAAGGUGUUUUCGAUCUUUGAAGAUUUAGGAAUAUCAGUAGACGUUGUGGCUACUAGCGAAGUCAGCAUCUCCUUGACACUCGAUCCAUCAAAGCUUUGGAGCAGAGAGCUGAUUCAGCAGGCAAGCGAACUCGACCAUGUUGUGGAAGAGCUUGAGAAAAUUGCUGUGGUCAAUAUCCUGCAGCAUAGAUCAAUAAUCUCUCUCAUUGGGAAUGUCCAGAGGUCCUCUCUGAUAUUAGAGAAGGUCUUCAAUGUUCUUCAUAUCAAAGGAAUCAACGUUCAGAUGAUAUCACAGGGUGCUUCAAAGGUUAAUAUCUCAUUAAUUGUGAAUGAUGAUGAAGCAGAGCAGUGUGUCAGGAGUCUCCACUCAGCUUUCUUUGAAACCGACGUCUCUGAAUUAGAUGGGAAGUGUGUAUCUGAUAAUGGUUCAGUUCAGCUUCGAAGUGAAGAAUAAUUUAAGUUCUUAUCAGCAAGAUCUUAGCUGGUAAUGGUGGUUGAUUUGUCUGGUACGUUUGUGUUUUUGUUUUCUGGUCCGAAGAUAGGCACUGCAUCCACACUCACGGCAUCCUGGAAUUUAUUGCUUUUGAUACAGCCAUCUCAUCGUGUAAUUGAGUAGUUAUUUACUAAUCUUUGUAGUUUAUCAAAACUGAUUAUGUAGAGAAAUUUUAAGUGAUAAUUUUUAAGAGAGGCACAAGAAAGAGAGAAUAAAAAAAUUCCUUGUAUUGAUACUUGUAAAUUAUGACACCAAGUCAAAGGCCCUACGGUUAAAUAUAUUAUUUUUGAUAACCUAUUCA